AUGGACUGUUUGUGGUUUCGAAGCUUGGGCUGCAUCAGCAACAUGUUCGCUAUCCCAAUCUGUACUGGCGGUGGAAGUGAGUGCGGCACCCACGGCUCCUGUGAUAACUCCACAGACACCUACGUAUACGUCUGUCGCUGUACUGAUGGGUAUUCUGGAAACCUGUGUCAAACUGCUCCCAUCUGUACUGGCGGUGGAAGCGAGUGUGGCACCCACGGCGCCUGUGAUAACUCCACGGCUACCUACGUCUGUCGCUGCACUGAUGGUUACAAGGGUGAUACGUGCACAACAGCUCCCAUCUGUACUGGCGGUGGAAGUGAGUGCGGCACCCACGGGUCCUGUGAUAACUCAAUUGCUACCUAUAUCUGUCGCUGUACUGAUGGGUAUUCCGGAAACCUGUGUCAAACGGCCCCUAUCUGUUCUGGCGGUGGAAGUGAGUGCGGCACCUACGGGUCGUGUGUUAACUCUACAGACACCUACGUCUGUCUCUGCACUGAUGGGUAUUCUGGAAACCUGUGUCAAACAGCCCCUAUCUGUACUGGCGGUGGAAGUGAGUGCGGCACCCACGGCUCCUGUGAUAACUCUACAGACACCUAUAUCUGUCGCUGCACUGAUGGGUAUUCUGGAAACCUGUGUCAAACUGCUCCCAUCUGUACUGGCGGUGGAAAUGAGUGCGGCACCCACGGCUCCUGUGAUAACUCCACAGCUACUUACGUCUGUCGCUGCACUGAUGGGUAUUCUGGAAACCUGUGUCAAACAGCCCCAGGCUGCACGGCCGGUGGGAACCAGUGUGGAGACAACGGGGAGUGCAAUACCUGUGCUACAAUAUAUACCUGCCAAUGUUACGGCGGCUAUGGUGGCGACACCUGCCAAUCCAGCCCAAAAUGCAGUGCCAGGGGUUCUGAAUGUGGCACCCACGGGACCUGCAACACGACCACCACCCCUUACGUCUGUGCCUGCAGCGACGACUACACUGGAGAUACCUGUUCUGUAGCUCCUAUCUGUACUUCCGGUGGUAACGAGUGCGGCAGUAGCGGCACCUGUGAUCGUACAUCGUCCCCCAACAAGUGUUCCUGUUCUGGUGGAUACACUGGCACACUUUGUGAAACAGCUCCGACUUGCACCACGACUGGUGGGGAGUGUCAGAACGGGGGGACGUGCAUCAUUACCGUCAUCCCCUACACGUGUACAUGUACGGCUGGUUUCACUGACACAACGUGUGGGACUCGUUCUGGGGCAAGUCACGUGAUCUUCUGCAUGACGUCACUGUUGCUGGUGGUUGUUGGAUCCCUCACCCUUUAAGCCUGACAGAACAGAUGCUGAAUAUUAGUGACCAAAUUACCACGUCGGACGUCCGUUGUUCGGUACAUCCACAAGUCCAUGGAGAUUCGUGUAACAUCUCAGUAAAUCUCAUGUUGUUGCCAUUAAACCUAAUGACUUGUUUAUUGUAAUCUCUAUGGCACGUGUGUUUGAUACAUAUAUUCCAAUACUUACCAUGUCGGGUGAAUCUCUUUAUAACAACAUGUACUAAGCCAUGAUGACGUGUUGAGUAACUGACCAACAGUUUUCCACUGAAAUAAACGGCAUAGUUCAUGCA